AUGUCGCGCUCCUUCUAUGUCGACUCGCUCAUCAUCAAGGACUCCUCGCGGCCCGCGCCCUCGCUGCCUGAGCCGCACCCCGGGCCCGAUUUCUUCAUCCCGCUGGGCAUGCCGUCCCCGCUGGUGAUGUCGGUGUCUGGGCCCGCCUGCCCGUCCCGCAAGAGUGGCGCGUUCUGCGUUUGCCCACUCUGCGUCACUUCGCACCUGCACUCCUCUCGCGGGCCCGCCGGCUCCGGCGGCGGGGGUGCAGGCACCGGGAGUGCUGGGGCCGGGGGUAGUGGGGCGCCGGGGGGCGCCGGGGCCCUGCCCCUCCUCAAGGGUCAGUUCUCUUCGGGUCCCGGGGACGCGCAGUUCUGCCCACGCGUGAGCCACUCGCACCAUCAUCACCACCCGCCGCAGCACCACCAUCACCACCAUCAGCCCCAGCAGCCGGGCUCUGCCGCUGCGGCGGCGGCUGCGGCAGCCGCGGCGGCGGCCGCGGCGGCCUUGGGACACCCUCAGCACCACGCACCUGUCUGCGCUGCCACCACCUACAACGUGGGGGACCCGCGGAGAUUCCACUGCCUCACCAUGGGGGGCUCGGACGCCAGCCAGGUACCCAAUGGCAAGAGGGUGAGGACGGCGUUCACCAGCACGCAGCUCCUGGAGCUGGAGCGGGAAUUCUCUUCCAACAUGUACCUGUCUCGGCUCCGGAGGAUCGAGAUCGCGACAUACCUGAACCUGUCAGAGAAGCAGGUGAAAAUCUGGUUUCAGAACCGCCGGGUGAAGCAUAAGAAAGAAGGGAAGGGCACACAGAGGAACAGUCACGCGGGCUGCAAGUGUGUCGGCAGCCAGGCGCACUAUGCGCGCUCCGAGGAUGAGGACUCCUUGUCGCCGGCCUCGGCCAACGAUGACAAGGAGAUUUCUCCCUUAUGA